GCGAGAUGACAAUGGACCUGGCCAAUCACAUCGCUACUAUCCAAUGUGGAGAUUGGACCUGGCCAAUCACAUCGCUACUUUCCAAUGUGGAAUGGAUGACGUACGUUACGCGCCAAAGCAAGCUCAAGCACAGCAAGCACAGCAACGCUCUGCAACAAACGGACGCCAUUGUUUUUUCCGCUUAUUCUACUUAGAAUCUAGCAGUACGAUUCAAUGAUGAGCAACAAGCCUAAAAGCCACAAGGGCCUGGGGGAAGGAGAGUGGAUGGCAAGGCUGAGGGCAUUUGCCAGCUCAGGGGUUUGGCCUUCUGGAGGCAACAGACCAGCCCCUAGGCAGCGGAAGUGGUAUGCCCUCUAUCAGAAGAUUGAGAAUUGCCCCAUGCAGGUCCGUGGACAGUCCACUCUGUUUGGAGGGUCAGUGGCCUGUAACUGUGGCUUUCACGGUGCUAAGCAGCCCACCACUCAGCCUCCUGCCGCUGCCUCACAGUCUGCUGCUGUGGCCCCUGGUGCAACGGCUGCUGUGCCACCAUCACAGUCUGCUGCUGUGGUCUCGGACCCUGGUGCAACGGCUGGUGCAACGGCUGCUGUGCCACCAUCUUUCUUUCGCCCCCCUCCAAGUUUGUCAAUGUUCACUAAAUCACGCUUUGGUGGAUCUACCUCACCAAAGCCUAAUUUAGUGGCUAGGAGGAGCCCGAGCCCCUCUGCCUCCCCUGCGAGGACCCCGAGCCCCUCUGCCUCCCCUGCGAGGACCCCGAGCCCCUCUGCCUCCCCUGCUAGGGCCCCAAGCCCUGCUCCAUCCCCUGCGAGGACUCCCAGCCCCUCUGCCUCCCCUGCUAGGGCCCAGAGCCCUGCUCCAUCCUCUGUGAGGACCUUGAGCCCUGCUCCACCCUCUGUGAGGACCCCGAGCCAUGCUCCAUCCUCUGUGAGGACCUGGACCCCCGCUGUGUCCACCAGCAUGGCAGAAGUCUGUGUCAGUUAUGCUUAG